CGUUACUUGGCUGUGUUCAGAUGUUGCUGUCUGCAUUUCAUAUUCGACGGGCUCUUCCGUUCAGUCGAUCACUCCUCCAGGCGAUUGCAGGAGAGUGCUGGCUGCUGUGUGUGCAGGUCGAUGGCUGCCUACAUUUUAUAUCUUUGGGACCUUUCCCCUACACGGCUGCGAUGCACCUACUUCAUCCAAGCUCUGGCGCUGUGCAUCGAUCCCAUUAAUAUCCCCGGCGGCGCCGCAGGUACGUAAGUGCGAGAGAAAAAAGAGCGUCAUGAAGAUUGGCUCAUGUCUCGCCUCUUUUGCAGUCAUCCGUUGCAGCCCAUCGUCAAGCCCCUCAAGCUCAAGACCGACUCGACGACGACAGUGGUGCGCACACACCUACAGACAAUCGCACGCACGCACGCGGGCACACACAGAAAGAGAAGCGAAUAUGUGUGUGUGUGCGUCCUUGUCGACCUUCCUGUCUGCGUGCCCUCCCCGCCUCUGUGUUGGUGCGUGUUCAGACACUGUCGAAGACGCAAAAGAAGAACAUGAAGAAUGCCGCCAAGAAGAAGGCCAAGAAGGCCCUCGCGUCGCAGGUACACAGAUGAGUGCGCCAUGCAUGCAGGGGUGAAUGAAUUCAUUGUCGUGUCUGCCGUUCAGGUUGGUCCAGUGAGGCCUGAGAUACCUGUCAUCGAGGAGCCAGAGGUGCGUGUUGAUGCGUACACGGUGGACACAAACCCGCACAGUGUGUGUGUGUUCAUUCAGUUUCCGUUGGACUUGGACAUUGCGGCCAUCAACGUCUACGAGACCAUCAAGUUCAAACACUUCAACAUGAGCCUGGUGAGUGAGCACACGAGGGUCCCAGACUCUCGCUGCUGACCUUUCGACUGGUCCCUCUUUCGGUCUCAGGAUGAACAGGAGUUGGCGGCUACUCGAGAGGUAGCCAGGGCCACACACAGAAACCCAUGCAUCGUUGUCUUGCCCUCCGUCUGUGUGUGUAUCCUGUGCGCUCAUCUGUUGGUUGCAGCCCGUCCUCAAGCCCGUCUACCUCAAGACCGACUACCUCAAGACCGACUCAACGGUGGUGGGCACACACCUACAGACAAUCGCACGCACAAGCAGAAAGAGAAGCGAAUAAGUGUGGGUGUGUGUCCUUGUCAGGUGUCGGAUGACACUGGCGACGAUCGCACCUACGAGCUAUGGACUCACACAGACCCUUUCUUGCGUACCCCUUCGGGGGGCCGGGGGGCAAGGUCCCCGUGAGGUUAACGAACGAACGAACGAGCAGACGGACGGGAGCGACGUGGACAAGGUAUCUAUCGAUCGACACACAGCACCCACACGCACACACACAGGCAGACCGUCUGUGAACACUUACAUGUGUGUAUGCGUCUGUCUGUCUCUGUGUGCAGUUCGUGAGUUCGAAGACCAUCCGGAACCGCAAGUCGCGCCAGCGACGCAAGGCUCGCAAAGCCGCCGCCAAGGUAGGUCGAUGUGCACACUCACACACUCACACACAGAUGGGCUCCCGUCUGUCGUUCAUCUGCUCUGCAGAGCGGCAAGAAGAGCAAACCUUCCCUCAAGGACGAGUUCGCUGAGGAGCCGGAGCCGAAGACGAAGACCGUGGCCAUCCAGGUACAUACAAAGUGAAGGAACCGCACACCCACACUCACACAAUGGUGUUGUGUGUGUUCAGGUGUGCCUCAUCCCUGCGCUGCCACUGAGACCCCUCACGUCGAUUGGCAGAGUGAGUGACGCACAGCAGCACAUACACGUAGGCAGAGAGGUGUCCAUGUGUGUGUGUGUGUGUGUGUGUGUGCAGGAGGCAGCACCCACCAAAACGAGCCAAGACAACAAGCGGAAGAAGCACUUCAAGAGCAAGGCAUGCAUACACUGGGAAGUUAGGAAUGCGAGCCCUCAGUGUCCCUGUGUGUGUGUGUGCAGAUGGCUGCCUACAUUCUAUAUCUGAAGAUCGUGUCUCCCGCGUUUGCCGUGCAGCUGCCCCCUGCUCUGCUCAUCCGUUCGUAAGGAUGCAAACUAUCACACAGAGGACAGGUUUGGUGUGCUCGUGUACAGGUAUCUAGCAGCAAGACAACCACCACUGGCACCGAGACUGAGAAGACCAACACCGUCACAACAGCCAAGGUGAGGCGCCUUUGACACAAACAAACUGUGUGUGUGUCAAGUUGAUUGCCACGCUUUGCAAGGAUCUGUCCAACAAGAAGACGAAGGCGUCCAAGAAUGCCACCUCGGAGGUGGACACACACACACAACACACGCGACACACACUACACACAAGAGUGUCUUCCUGUUUGUGUGACGCAGGACGUCGUUGUCGACGUCGACAAGGUGUCUACAUCGCAGUACAAGUUGGACCUCUACUGCCCACCGGCUGCCUUCAAACUCAAGUUUCUGCCAUUCACAACGAAGGUCGACGCCCAUCACACCGACCACACACACAGAGGAACGCAUGAAUGACUGACUUCCUGCUUGCGUGUGGGUGCUUGCAGGUGUCCAGCAGCUACACGACCACUACAACCACAACCACCACUGGCACCGCAGCCACCGUGAGCGAGACGAGGCGCACAGAUAGACGGCCUUCGACACAAACAGACUGAUGCUUUGUGUACACAGGAGAGCACUUCGACGAAGAAGGAGCGCAACCGCGCCCGCCACCAGCGGUACAAGGCGUCGACAGGCAACUUCAAACACUCCCUAUGUGCCGCGACGCACACUUGAUUCCAAUAUCGCUGCAGGCGGCAGGUAAACACAGGAGAAGACAAAUUUGCGCAUUAAUGACCAAUCCCCGGCCACCAACACGUCGUCAACCAUGACUGAAAUGGCCUCCACACCUAGCACGGUGAGUGACCGCCAAGCACACACAUCGACAGGUGCUCUCUGCACGUGUUGUGUGUGCA